AUGUCGAAAGCCGGCAAAGAUGCUCAACAAACAUCACUUCUUGAUGUGCUCAAGAAGAAAAUGAGACAAGCACGUGAAGAGGCUGAGGCGGCCAAGGAUGAGGCUGAUGAAGUCAAGAGACAAUUGGAGGAAGAGAGGAAAAAGAGGGAAGAUGCGGAAGCCGAAGUUGCGGCUUUGAAUCGUCGUAUAGUGCUUGUGGAGGAGGAUUUGGAAAGAACAGAGGAUCGUUUGAAGACAGCGACAACAAAAUUGGAAGAAGCAUCAAAAGCAGCGGAUGAAGCUGAGAGG